GGGUACCCGGUGCCCCUUCUCCGGAAGGCGAGGAAGACCCCGCCCCCGCGGAGUCGGGGUUGGGGGGCCGCCGGGGCGGGGCGUUGCCAGGCCGGCCGGUUGCGUAGCAACGGUGGGCAGCGCGUGACGUGCGCCGCCGCGUCUGGGCCCGAGGCGCCCGCCAGUCCCUGGGAAGCUAGCGGGGCUGCUGUGAGGAGGACGCUCCGCAGACUUGGUGCUCGCCGGCUCUCUCUGCGCGCUCUGCGACCGCCGCGGCGAAGAUGGCCUCAGGAGUGCAAGUUGCUGAUGAAGUAUGUCGCAUUUUUUAUGACAUGAAAGUUCGGAAGUGCUCCACACCAGAAGAAAUCAAGAAAAGAAAGAAAGCUGUCAUUUUUUGUCUCAGUGCAGACAAAAAGUGCAUCAUUGUAGAAGAAGGCAAAGAGAUCUUGGUUGGAGAUAUUGGUGUAACCAUAACUGAUCCUUUCAAGCAUUUUGUGGGAAUGCUUCCUGAAAAAGAUUGUCGCUAUGCUUUGUAUGAUGCAAGCUUCGAAACAAAAGAAUCCAGAAAAGAGGAGUUGAUGUUUUUUUUGUGGGCUCCAGAACUAGCACCUCUGAAAAGUAAAAUGAUCUAUGCGAGCUCCAAGGAUGCGAUCAAAAAGAAAUUUCAAGGCAUAAAACAUGAAUGUCAGGCAAAUGGGCCAGAAGACCUCAAUCGGGCUUGUAUUGCUGAAAAGCUAGGUGGAUCCUUAAUUGUAGCUUUUGAAGGAUGCCCUGUGUAGACCAUCACUCGGUGCCACAAACUGAAAGCUUCCGUGUUUAAUGUUAUCCUUUUGCUAUGUAAGUAAAGCUGAUACAUUUAGGCCAGGGACUCGCUGAGGGGAGCUGUCUUGUCAUUUGCUAGGGUAAACUACUCCAUGAACAUGUGCAAAUGGCCCUAAAUAAAUCUAAAUUCUAAAGUUGUAUUGGUGUGAAAUUAAAUUCUUACUGGCCAAAUGCCCGUUUUGAUUAGUUGACUUGUAAAGAUUUUUGUUAAGCUCAUGAUUUUUAAUAGUGCAGUUCACAGAACAGUCCAAGGCCACAUGAAGAGAAUUACUGCAUCUUCAUUAACCUCUCAGCAGUUACUUUGUUUCUUUUGCUUAGAGAAUUGGUCAUAAUCUGGUUAUAAUUUUGGCCCAGAUUCUUUUUUCUCUGUUGAGCUAAACUGAAUAAUGGAAAAUAAUUCUCCUCACAACAUGUAACAGCACUAACGUACUUACUAACUACGUAAGAUUCUACCAGACGUGUGGUGGAGACUGCUUAGAACCAGCACUGAUCUUGCACAGCAGCACUACUUUCUGCACGUAGUUGGCACACCUGCAGCUGCUCGCUGGUCUAGUCGGGAGGCUGUUCCGAGAGUGACCUUGCAUCUUGGAAAUCUGGAAAAUGUGCACUGUCUUGUAACAGCGAAUUAUAAUGCAAAUUUGGGCUCCAGUGUAAAUCCACUUUGUUGAUGAAAAUGGUGAGGUGGUGUAUUGACAGACUGGGAUACCGGGAUGUCUUUAAUUGUGUCUCCUUCAGAACUGUGUUGCUUCUGGUACAAUAAGGUUUGGAAGAACAUAAUGUUUACUCUGGGGUCUGGGUAAGCUUCUUAAUUUCCUAGAGUAGUUUGCCGACUGUCUGAAGCGGGGAGCAGGUGUGACGGCCGACAGCCACGGGAAGCCACGCUGAGGACACCUGGAAGUGACUGCCUUUCACGUCACAGGUGUAACACUGAACAACACAGAGAUGCACAAACAGUGGAAUUUAGAAGUAGCAGUACUGGCUUUAUGUAAUAAAGGAAGCAUUUUUAAUUUC